UAUCCAGUUUUUACUAAAGAACGAGCUUUAUACUUAACAAGCCUUGGACCUAAUUAUACAAAUAUCGCAGAUUGUAUAUUAAACUCCAUAAAACCAGAUUUCGCGUCACUAAUUGCGUCUGGCUCGACAAAUGGAGUACGUCAAGUGAAAUUCAAGAGUGGAAAAUUUGACGUCAAUCGAAGAAAAUCAUACGGAGGAACUUAUCUCCGACGUGUUGUUGAAACUAAAAUAGUUUCUGUAGACUCCGAGAUCGAUUGGAAUUCCGUGAUGAAUGAUGAUACAACUCACUCAUCACAAUUAAGUGAAUUGCAGGACAAUAUAUUAUUAUCCUACGAAGCAAAAUGUCCGAAUACUGUAAAUUUAUAUCCACAAGCAAUAACAAAUCCAAGCGCUGUGGUGAGAAAUCUUUUGCCAGGACAACCUCCACCUGGGUUUCGCGUGGUUUCUGCUCCUGAGCAUAGAGUUUCGCAGCAACCGCCUCUAUCAAUUACUGUAAUUACUCCAACUAAUCAACUUGAGCGUCAGCAGUACCGUGGAUUUAUAUCUUCAGCAAGUUUGGUUGGUGGAAUACCGAUAUUUUUGUAUUUAUUUGGACGAAUCGUCGAGCUCGAGUCUUCUGAAGAAGAGCAAGCACUUGCACUGUCAAUAGUUAUUAAUUUAGCCCGAAGCGACUCUGAACUUCUUAGUCAGUAUAAUUCAGAGGGUGGUCAGUCGUUAAUCAUGCGUGUGCUAGAGUCACCAAGAUGUAAAGCUGGAAAAUAUUUACUCAAAGCUAUUUUAGAUUCUGCCUGCAGUAGUCCGAUAAUUGUAAAAGACAUUGCUAAUGGAAACAAUCUUACAAUUCUGCAAAGCUCCGAGGCUGUUAUUGUAGAUCCGGAGUUGAUAAAAGAGUCAUUGAGUGUAUGGAAGACCUGGGUCAAACACGACACCUUCAAUAUGUUUUUACACGCUCUGUUGGUGUUACUGAGAGACCAACAUGGCCAAAGAGAAUUCAAUGCAACUCAAUUAAAUAGAGAAGCUAUUGUCGAAACGAUUUUAUUCGUUUGCAAGCAGCAUUUCAUGUACGAAGAUUUGAACACCCUCUGGGACACCAUAACUGGUAAUUCAAUAGUGGAAUUAAUUAGAGCGCUGAUGGGUGCUCCUCCGGAAUUUUCUCACCUGGUUGCCAUCAUGGACUAUCUCAUACUAGUUCACCAGGCAUCAGACACUUAUGUCACACACUCACGGCACAAUAUGUACUUUUUAUUGCCCCCGUUGGUGAUAGAAGAACCCAAUACUGUCAGCAAAUUAAAGUCUGCUGUUCUGAACCAUUUACCAACUACUGCGAAUACAACGACUACAAGUUCUUCUGACGAAUCUAAUCAUCCUCCGCUCGAAGUGAUUAAAUUGAAUAAGGCGCUGAUAAAUGUCCAGCUUCAAAGAGACAGAGCCUUAAAACGUCGUGAAAAACGUAGCAACAAUUCCCAUAAUAAUAAUAAUAAUAAUAAUAAUAAUAAUAAUAAUAAUAAUAAUAAUAGUAAUAAUACCAGAGAAACGAGUGCUGGGGAAGAUUCAGGUAUAGCUGCAAGUGACGGUUCAAAUAAUCAGUUAGGAAAUGACAAUAGUCCGUUUGGAAAAACAGAUGAAAAACGUGUUUGUCAGGGAUUAGUCACCGAAGGACUUUUAUUACUCCUAAGAGAUGCUCUCCGCGUUCUACCCGAUUGUCACAUAGAAUCUGUCGUAAAACACGUUAUUCGAGCAGAAUUGCUUUUAAUUUUACUAAACAAUCCAGAUACCAGAGUUAGAACCGCAGUUGUUAAAGUGAUUCAAAUUUAUCUUCAGCGAGCAGACGAUGAAGAAAUAAAUAAAUUUAUAAAGCAAAAAUAUUUCUUCCACUUGGCUAAUCAAAUUACACUUUACCCCAGCAAUAACAAUGAGUCUUUAUCAUCCUCGUUGGAAUGUCUGGCGCUAAGAGGUCCUACAACAUUAGCAGCCAUCCCACCUUUACUAGCGAUGCUUACCAGGAUACCGAUCACCGGAUCAAAUAUUACAAGACCAAUAAUAAAUUUAAUUGUUGAUAUGAUCAACAAAAAUCCCUCCGCUUUGCGUACACUUUUAUCCGACCAGGGCUUGGCAGAAUCAUUGGCUCAGUCGCUCGUCGGAGGAGCGCAUAACUCGUCAAUUGGAGCAUCGCCACCAUUGAUUAUCAAUGACAUCCACAUUCUCUUGGUCAGUAUCGCCACAAAACUACUAGACCAGCCGGGUAGUCAUCACAUGCCAGCAAUAUCAGACUUGCAUUUAAUAUUAAACUAUGUAGAGUUAAAUGAAAGAGCUCAGUGUGGUGCAGAUGCUCCUUGUGUGUCUGUAAUUCGCAACGCUCAGGUAGUUUUGUUUGACGGUGAGCUGGAUGUACUGAUGCCUAAAGUCUCGUCUCUGCAAUCGGGAUUCAAGUUGCGCAGCGCGACUUCUUAUUUAGCUUCUUCAUCGUAUUUGACACACCACAGUGCUCUUACAACUUCCAGCGAGCAGAGUGAUCACGAGUCGCGUUCAUCUAGUUACGGAAAUGGAAGCGCUAGUGGUAUCAAUUUUUAUGGCUCACCAAACCGUGAGCCACGUAGAGGAGAAGUUAAUGAACGUUUUCGAAGCAUUCUUUUUAAAGCUAUAGAUUUUUUAACUUCUUCAGAUUGCGCGCCAUCUACCAACGAGCUUGAAUUGACCAAAAGGAUUUACAUUAUACUUUUGUAUGGAUUGUCAAGCAGUUCUUUUGAUAGGAAAAAUAAUUGGAGCGGUUCAUGGUCAAUGCGGUCAAUUUUACGAAAGAAUGCUGCCAAAAUGUUGAUGUGGUUGUUGAGUCCGCAUCAAAGUAACAACACUCGUGUUUUUACUAUCCGAUCGCUGAUGGAAGAGUCCAGAGGUCGGGAAAUAUUGUCCUCUAUUAUUGACAUUCACAGCAAUGUUGAAAAAAAAUUGUCUGUAUUUUUGUGGGAUUUAUUUGAAAGACGAACUGAUAUGCCGAGUUCGGAUGCAAGAGUAUGCACAGAAUUCAAAGAAACUUUGGCUGUUUGGCAUCCUGGAUUAUUAAAUCCUGAAGGUACAUCGACAUCCCAAGAGAGGUUGAACAAUGAAGAACAAAUAACUGCGAUGCAUCUCGAAUUUUCAAAAGAUCGUGAAAUUUGGUUGGAGAACAAUCUGCUGGCAUUGCACCGAAUAGGAAAUAAAUUUGAUGCGCUGGCCAAACAAUUGACUGAGAGCGCAAUGGUAAUCACCCGAUCGGUGAUAGAAGAGCAGAAUCACGAGCGCAAGGCUCUGAUGGAGAAGUUUAAGCACAGCCGGGGACUAGAAGCUCAGUCGAUGGCUCGCUGGAGAGAUUUAACUAAGCGGUUGACUCACGAACGCGCACCUUGGUACUUUUCUGAGUCAUAUCCAAUUAAUUGGGAGCUUGACCCUACGGAAGGACCCGCGCGAGUACGAAUUCGAAUGCAGAGAUGUCAUUUGAAAAUAAAAAAAAAAUUCUUUUUAAAUGACCAGCAAACAGAUCCUAGAAAAACUCCCAAUGAUGACCAAGCUCCUGAAGAAAUAGGAAUAGACCAACCACUGUCGUAUCUUUUUACAAACAUGAGACGGCAGGAUUUAAAUGCCACGGCUCUUGUUGAGCGACUGCACACCAGCGAGCGGAUUGGAAAAAUGUGUCAAGUUCAAGUUGUAACUCCGCAAACAGAAAUACCUGGCGAGGCUCUAAUUGGUGAAACUUGCUUGUACUUUGUUCCAGAUGAUCCAAAAAAAUCAGUUUAUUCUCAAGAUACAGCUCUGCUGGGAGCUGGCUGCAGUGGUCUCGAUCUCGCAAUGGCUGGAGGCACAGCCUGGAAAUUAAGAGACAUCAAAGAGUUGCAUAGAAGACGCUACCAGCUUCAGGAACGAGCGAUUGAAUUUUUUUUGACCACCGGAAGAACCUUGCUGCUAGCUUUUAACUCUUCUAAGGAACGAGAUGAGUUUGUCAGUCAAUUAUUAAACUGCAAUCUACCGCAACGAGUUCCUGGUGAUGAUUUGAACGAAGCUCUAGCUGCUUGGCGCAACGGCUACCUCACAAAUUGGGAGUACAUAACGUGCUUGAACAAACUCGCUGGAAGAUCUUACAAUGAUUUGAUGCAAUACCCGGUGUUUCCUUUCAUAUUGGCUGAUUACACCAGCAGCAAAAUAGAUCUUACUAAUCCAAAUAUCUACAGAAACUUGAAGCGUCCAAUGGCUGUCCAGGACAAGAAGAACGAGCAACACUAUAUUAACAAUUACAACUACUUGAAGCAAGCUCUUGCAGAAGAUCAAAAUUUGAUCGCGUUGAACCAACAGCCUUAUCAUUAUGGCUCUCAUUACAGCAACUCGGGUACUGUUCUUCAUUUUUUGGUUCGGCUUCCGCCGUUUACAAGCAUGUUUUUAAAUUACCAGGACAACAACUUUGACAUACCUGACCGAACAUUCCACGCACUGGCAACUACAUGGAGAUUAACCAGUUGCGAUUCGACUACUGACGUCAAAGAAUUAAUUCCAGAGUUUUUUUAUCUGCCAGAAUUUUUUUUAAAUUCAGAAAACUUUAAUUUUGGAGUCCGACAAAACGGAUGCAGAGUUGGAGACGUAGAACUGCCGAGCUGGUGCAACAACGACGCUAGAUUAUUUAUACUAGUGCAUCGAGCUGCGCUAGAAUCUGACAUAGUUCGUGAGAAUGUGUGUUAUUGGAUCGAUCUGGUGUUUGGUUUCCGGCAAACUGGAAGGCCCGCUGUAGAAGCAAUUAAUGUCUUUCACCCGGCAACCUACUACGGAUUCAACGUCGACACAAUAUCUGAUCCAGACGAGAGAACCGCUUGGGAAACUAUGGUCAGAACUUACGGACAAACUCCAGCUCAACUUUUUACAGCCGCUCAUCCACUGCCUUGCAAUGUUAUGCUUAACUCAUCAAAUUCUUUGGCUUACAAUACAAUUCCGCCGGUUAUUGAAGGAGUCGCGGGCAUUAAAUGGGGCAAUUAUGUCGGAGCGCCGGGAAACGAACCUGUUUUAUGCUGGAAGCACAAACAUCGUGUACCAAUAGUGUCACUUAUUCCUCUAACUACGGGAGAAGUUUUUGGGUUGCCGGUAUGUACUUGUUUGCUCAUUGGAUAUAACAACGAGAAAGGAGGUAACAUGGUGAACAGCACGACAGUAUCAGGAGCAGCUCUCGCUUCUUGGGAUAACAAUGAUGGUAUCAUUAGACUUAAGUCAAAAAAAGAACAGCCUCCUAAGCCGCUGAUGAAAUCUUCUGGCUUUGAUCCGAUAACUGUGUUAGGCUCUGCUGCUGAUUGCGGACAACUUUGGAUCGGUUACAUGUCAGGAAAAAUUAUGGUCUACUCGUACAGCAUCGAAGCUAGUGGAAAAAUAAAAUUCGAGUCGCCAACAGCUCCAGCUUCUGUUCUCUUGGCUCACAGAUGUGCAAUAACUGUAAUUGUUUUGUCUGGAGCUUUUAGUAUUGCUGUCUCCGGUGACGUCAAAGGUGUUAUUGUUAUUUGGGAUCUAAAUAGUUUGUCAUACGUGAGAUCUAUAGUAUGCCAUGACAUUUAUACGGUUAAUAAUAUAUCUAUAAGCGAUACUCUUGGAGACAUUGCAGUUGUCUGUCAAUUAACAGCGCCAAAACGACAAUUAACAUUGCCGAUAUCUUCAACGGAUCAGAAUAAUUUUGAACACCAGUCUCAGUUGAAAGUAUUUACGAUAAAUGCUAAAUCUGUUGGCACGGUUUUAUCCAGAAAAAGGAUUACUGCCUGGGAUUUGAGACUAAUCCGUGAAAUAGUAAACGGCGGAACAGACUGUGGGGCUAUAAUAGCAAUAGCAUGGGCAUACGAUCAACAUCAUCUUUAUGCAGCGACUGAAAAUUCAACAGUUUUAAUUUGGGAAGGCUUACGAAGACUUAACAGUGGCACACCCAAAUUCGUAAAUUUAACUUCGCUU